AUGGAGAAGCAAACGGUAAAGGAGACAAAGGCAGAGAGUGAAUCUGGCAAACCAAGCCUUGAAGGGCUUCCUAUAGAGGACAGUCCCUACGUCAAAUACAAGGAUUUGGAGGACUAUAAGCAACAGGGUUAUGGCACACAGGGCCAUCAAGAACCAAGCAUAGGUCGUGGUGCUGGUGCUACGGAAGCACCCACUCUCUCUGGUGCUGCUGUUUCCUCUGAGGCCAAAGCCACUGCCACUGAUGCCAUUAAUAGCAAAGGAGUCCCUUAA